AUGAGCCUUGGUUUGAGCGCAGAUAUACGCCCGUCGCUCACACAUCGCCUGAUACAUGACAAGUCAAUAUUGGUUUUGACUGUAUCCGAGGAUCGAAUAUAUGCGGGAACACAGAAUGGAGAGAUAUUGGUUUUCAGUCUCAAAUCCUAUGAACGAAUUGGGCAUAUCCAGGCACACAGGGGAAGUGUACUUGGGCUCUGCCUUCGUGAAAAGGAAACCAUUAUCUUUUCAAGUGCGGCCGACCGUAUAGUAAACGUCUGGUGCACUAAGACACUCCGGAGAUUAUACUCAAUCUACUCGACCUACGAUAUCGGAGACGUAUUCUGCGUUUGCUACUCCUCCAAAUCUAAGACCGUCUACCUCGGAGCCCAAAACACAACUAUACAAUGGUAUGACCUUCGCGAGAAAGACCGUCGACCUUCGCCACGCCCCUCCGACCAUCCUCAUUAUCGACAAGAUCGUUUCUUCGACUCGACCGGUCCCGGUGGCAUUCGCACCCCUCGUCUCGAAGUUGAAGACGACCCGCUGGAAGCGCACGGUGGUCAGGCACUUGAGAUUGACCCUCAAUCCAUACAUCAAUUCGCACAUUAUGGCUACGUAUAUUGCAUGGUAUUGGCUCGUGGCAUUCUUCCGAAUGCGCCUGCUGAUGAAGAGGUGCUGGUAUCGGGAGGCGGAGACGGUAUCGUUAAGGUUUGGAGCCUCAACGGGAAAGGUUCCGGCCGGAUACAUGAAUUGUAUACCCUUGAAGAUGGCAGAGAAGAAGGCGACUCUGUCCUGAGCCUUGUCUUGGACGGGGCCUUCCUUUAUACCGGCCGAUUAGAUGGAGACGUGAACGUGUGGGACUUGGAAACAAGACAGCUGGUCAGAACCCUCAGAGUAGACGUCGGUGAUGUCUUGACAAUGUCUGUCGGUGGUGGACACCUGUUCACUGGGGGGGUAAACGGGACGGUUGAGAAAUUCAAUAGGCAGUAUGAGCGUAUCUCUAAGUUCCAAGCCCACGGAGGACGCAUUCUCUGCUCUGCAUUCAUCAACCUCAACGGACGGCCAGUAUUUGUCACAGGGUCUAAUGACAGUACCAUCGCAGUAUGGGAUAUUCAGGACUGCAUUGACGUUGGAGAAAACAAACGGAGGACGCAUAGCGACUACCUGCUAGAGUCAUUGCAAGAAUUCGUCUCAUAUCGAACCGUAUCUUCCGAUUCGCGAUUCAAAGGAGAUUGCCAUCGAGGAGCAUCAUUUCUUCGGUCCGUCCUGAAAAACUUUGGGGCUACGACGGAAUCCCUAAAGUCCGGCGACUCAUUCAAUCCUGUUAUCUAUGGACGAUUCCGUGGCAAUCCCCAAACCGCGACCAAGAGAAAGAAAAUCCUUUUCUAUGGCCAUUACGACGUUAUUGCAGCCGAUAACUCCCAAGGCAAAUGGCUCCGAGAGCCCUUCACAUUGUCCGGGAUUGAUGGGCACCUGUAUGGUCGAGGGGUCUCCGACAACAAAGGACCGAUAAUGGCGGCGAUCUACGCUGCCGCACAACUCAAUACAUCCCAAGCGCUGGAAUCGGACAUCAUCUUCAUCAUCGAAGGCGAAGAGGAGUGCGGGUCGCGGGGCUUCGCCGAGACGAUUCGUCGCAACCGGAAGCUGAUCGGGGACGUGGAUUGGAUCCUCCUCGCAAACAGCUACUGGCUGGACGAUGACGUCCCCUGCUUGACGUACGGUCUUCGCGGAGUCAUCCAUGCUACAGUCCAAGUCGAGUCUGCCCACCCUGAUUUACAUUCCGGCGUCGACGGAAGUGCCCUUCUCGACGAGUCGCUGAAGGAUCUUGUGCUCCUACUGUCAAAGCUAGCCGGGCCUCAUGGCCAUGUCGAGAUUCCAGGUUUCUACGAGCCGAUCCUGAAACUCACUCCCGAAGAGCUCGAGCUGUACAACCAUAUCACCACCACCCUCAUUCGUCGCGACCCAGACCUCGGAGACCCCAUUCAGCUAGCCACCAGCCUCAUGCGCCGAUGGCGCGAAGCCUCUCUCACGAUCCACCGAUUCCACACCUCCGGCCCAGAGAACUCCACCAUCAUCCCACGGCUCGCCCGCGCCGCGAUCUCCCUCCGCCUCGUCCCGAACCAGUCCGCGGAAGCGAUCUCGCAACAGCUCGAGUCCUUCCUCCAGGAGCAAUUCGCCAGCCUCGGUAGCCAGAACAAGCUCACUGUCGCCAUCGACCACCGCGCCGAACCCUGGUUGGGUGACGUGCACAAUGAGAUCUACCAGACGUUGGAGGAGGGCCUGGUGAAGAGCUGGGGCGACCAAUGGGGUCGGCGACGGAGCAGCUUUCACGCGUCGAAAUUCGCCGGCGCGAAAGCGAAUGGUGACGAGGGGGCUAAGAAAGAGAACAUCCCAUCCACCGGCCACGUUCCAUCCCCCACGACCCGCCCAGCCACCUCGUCCACGCUCUCGCGCACCAGCACCCGCGUCGCCGAUCUCGACACCGCGUCCCAACCGGCCGCGAAUAGGAGCGGCAACGCCGCGGCCCCCGAAUCGCCCAUCGCCGAGACCAGCCGCGAGCCGGCGCCGUUCGCGCGCCCACUGUACAUCCGAGAAGGCGGGUCGAUCCCCGCGAUCCGGUUCUUGGAGACGGAGUUCGAUGCGCCAGCGGCACAGCUGCCGAUCGGGCAGGCGAGCGAUUCGGCGCAUCUGGACAACGAGCGGAUCCGGCUGGUGAAUCUGAUGAAAGGGAAGGAGGUGUUUGAGUAUGUUUUCCGGGAGUUGCCGCGACGGUGA